AUAACAAGCAACCAGGUUCCCCGGGCCCAGCAGCCUGGGAGGGAGGCAGGCCAAGUGCUGGCAGACCAGUGUGUGCGGAGUGGGAGCAGGUCAGAGAGAGAGUGCCAGGAGCUCGCCCUGUGGCCUGGGAGACCCCAAGGGACAUGCGACGCCCGUCGGCCCCCUGACCUGGGAACUGGGGCUGUUUCCCCGGACUCACGCACAGCAGUUGGGGAAAUUCCAGGCCGCCCACACGUCGUGGCUCAGGCUGGGAACGGUGUCAUCCCUCCCUGCGCUGUGCAGCCUCCUCCCAGAAGUCCACCAUGGAGAGUAAGGAUGAGGUCAGCGACAGCGACAGUGGCAUAAUCCUGCAGUCUGGCCCGGACAGCCCGGUGUCCCCACUGAAGGAGCUGAAGGAGCUGAAGGAGGUGAAGGAGCUGACGUUCGCGGUGCGCAAGCAGCAGAGGGCCCUGGAGGAGAGGCUGGAGGGCUGCCUGGAGGAGAGGCUGGAGGGCUGCCUGGAGGAGCUGCGGGCGCUGUGCCUGCGGGAGGCGGAGCUGACAGGCGUCUUGCCAGCUGAGUACCCCCUCAAACCAGGGGAGAAGGCCCCGAAGGUCCGUCGCAGGAUUGGAGCAGCUUACAAGCUGGACGAGAAGGCCUUGUCCAGAGAGGACCCCCUGAGCAGCCUGGAGCGGGAAGUGGCCCUGCAGCUGCAGAUUGCUGAGGCCGCCCGGCGCCUGAGCUGCGAGGAGAACCUGGGCCGGCAGACCCGCCGGCAGCGGAAGCACGCGGUGCUGCAGGAGGAGCGGAAGCUGCGGGAGCUGGAGCGCUGCCUGGGCGAGCGGCGGCGGCACAGCGGGCGCGUGCCCCUGGGCCCUGAGCUCAGUGCAUCUGAUGACAGCUCCCUGUCGGAUGGGCUACUCCUGGAGGAAGAGGAUGCCCAGGUGCCAAAACCUCCCUCAGAGUCGCUGCCCCUCCCGCCCCAGAGCCUCGAGGGGCUGCAGCCAGCAGGAGCUGAGACUGGGGGCCUGGACCGUGCCCCCAUCCAGAAUAGCCCCUGGAAGGAGACCAGCCUGGACCACCCGUACGAGAAGCCCAGGAAGUCUUCUGACCCCGACAGUGAGAGCAGCAGCUCAGCCACCAUGCCGCAGGAUGGGCCCAACGCCUCCAGCCUGCCGCUGCUGGAGCCCGCCCCCUACCACGGGGUUCCCAUCCGCAGUGUCCCGGGACAGCGGCAGGGCCGCACCAGUGCCCCCGCGACCCCUGAGACACAGGGGAGGAGGGGACUAUCGCAGUCUCUGAGGAUGGACUCCUUCCGGGCGGGGCCCCGCCGCCGCCCCACGCACUACACGGUGACUGUGCCCAGCUCCUGCUGGACCCCGGCCGGCCCCCCACGGCCGCCCCACACUCCCAACUCCUGCUCGGAGGACAGCGGCUCCGACGGCUCCAGCGUGUCGCAUGCCACCUCACCGGGGAGCAGCAGCCCAGAUAUCUGCGCUCUGCGGCCGCUGUCCCCGACCGCGCUGCCGGGCCACCGUGGGGCCUGGGGCCCAGCCGUUCCCCACCCAGCCCUGUUGCUGCCCGCUGGGCCCUUCCCGGCUGGGCGGUACGUGCUGGUGGCCGAGGGCUGCCUGCCGCCGGGUGAGCUGGACCUGAUGGCCCGCGAGGAGGAGGGACUGGCCCUGCGGCUCCAGCAGCUCCAGCAGCUGCAGCAGCACUUGCGCCCCCGUGGCCGCCCGGCGCGCACGCCGUCCCUCAAGGACAGCCCUGCGGGCCGCGCGCUCUGCAGGGCGGCGGUGACCCAGGAGCUGCAGUCGUGGCACGAACGCGCCCGCAUGCGCAGCGCGCGGCCCCACUCGCUGGACCGCCAUGGGGCCUUCCGCGUGCGCAGCCUGCCCCCUGGACGGGUCCUGGGGCCCCAGACGCAGGUGCCCACUGUGUGUGUGCUCCGGAGAUCGCCCGAGGGGGCCCCUGUGCAAGUCUUUGUACCUGAGAAUGGCGAAAUCAUCAGCCAGGUGUAACCCAGGCCAGGUGUACCCUGUGCCCCCAGGCUGUGGCUCGGCUGCCAGAAAAGACUGUUUCCUAGUGGGAUGGGGGCUCAGACCGCCCCCUUUGAGUGCCUUCUGCAGCUCCCUUGUCCCCAUCGCAGGUCGAUGACCUGGAGCUGAGACUUUUUUUUUUUUUAUACCAGUUUUUGUUGAGAAGUCCUGGUUUGAGGAUUUAUAUUUGUCAUUUGUCCUCAAGAUCCCUGUAAUAUGAUAAUGCUUUAUUCCUCGGAGGCUGGCGUGUUGGACCGGCGGCCUGGCCUAAGGGACAGUGUUUGUCUCCUUAUGCAAGACACGUGGUAGGGGAUGCAGGAGGCAGAAAGGGCCAGGUCAGGUCCUCAAAUGCUCCGCCCUCCGGUUCUGAGAACUGGCCUGGAGAACAGCCCGGCCAACUCUCCCACUGUAGCUGGAGGCUGGCCGCAGCACGCUCGUGUACCCCACUGCCCGUUUGCCAGCCCUCUGGAUACCGCAGGGGUGCCCGGGCUGGGGAGCCUUCGUCCCCCUUUACAAUGUGCUCUGUGAUGCACACACCACGUGGGGUGAAGGCCAGUGCGUCUUCCUGUCGUGAAUCCUGUCGGGGGCCCCCAUCUCCACUCCAGGCCCUGUGGGCUCCCAACAUCUCUGACCUCUGAGCCUUGACCUGAAGGCUUCCCCAGUUUUGAAGCAUCAGGAGGCCCAGGCUGGGGGCCGCCUGUGGUGCUGGUGGCUGGAGAACAGCUCACCUUUUGACCACCUUCUCUGGGCAUCCUGAGAACCUGCAGCGCCACCACUCCCUCUUACCCCUUUUCAUCAUCGUCCUAAAAACCAACACCUCACAAAUAUUUUGGAAAGGCACCACUUUUGUGGCUUGUUCUCGGAGGCAGGGGCGAGCUCAUGACUCCUGCUUCCCCUUCUUCCCCCCGCUCCCCCAGCCAUGCCUCUGCUCUGAGACUGGGGUUCCUUGAAAUACAGACGGGAGUACCCACCCUGAAGAGCGUUAACCAGUUGUCCCAGCUGCCGUGACUUCAGCUGCCUGUGCGAGUAAGACCAUCAGGUGGUCCAUGGGUUCUCAUCCCUGGGCCUUUGCUGCUGGUUAAACCCAGGUGGGGACCCUGCUUCAAGGAGUCAGCCACUAAGCAGAGGCUGGGCGGAGCCAGGAGCGCUGGAGUCUGAUGUGGCCCCUGCAGAGCCUUCCUCUCAAGUUCCCUGGACUUGGCAGCGACUAGGAAUACGGCUGAAGCCUCCAAGAACUUGGUGCCUGAUCCUUCUCCCUCCUGGACAGAGCGGUGUUGUGGCUGCACGAGGCUGCCGAGGGAAGAGCCCAGGUGGCUUAAGGGAUUGGGGGGGCGCACCUGCACGAUCGAAUGUUCUCCUUUGGAUGCUGUUCUUGUUGUUUGUCUCUAAGCCCCCUUCCCCAGUGUCCAGCCAUCCCCCCUCCCAGUGUCCUCCAGGGGCUGAGCUGGGAGACAUCUGAGCACCCCCCACACCUGAGUGUCCUUUGUAUUAACUUAUUGGUCCCAUAUGAUGCCUGGUGCUGUUGCAGUGGCUGCGUCCUCGGCGGCAGGGGCUGCACCUGUGGGUUCUUGUGCCAAAUACUUCAAUAAAGCUGUUUGUGAUC